GUUGUAUUACCAAAUAUGCCUCCACUUUGUUCCUUUAUGUUUGACCUCUUUACCAAGCUUAUACUUCAUUAAUUUGGAUGUUCUAUAAUUGUGUAUAGUAUAUAUGCAUACUCUUUUCCUCCAGCUUCUGCUAAGUCACAUCACAUUCUGAUAUAAAGUUUGUCACUUCCACUUCUCUUCCUUUGAUCAUGAAUCGUGUUUCUCCUCUUUUGAUACGCAUUUGUUUCUUCAAUGGCCUAAACAGUCAAUGAGACGCUUAUCAAACCAUGUUUCUCCUUUUAUGAAACCGAGUGGUUGGUAUCUUCUGUCUUUAGUGGAUUUUAGUUUGGUCAGUGUUUGGUGGUUCAUCACAUGACAGGUUCCAAUCGCACAGUCUCUAUUUUCUAUUAUUAUUUUGGAUAGAAUUCGUUGGGUUCUGUGCACUUUGGUUCAUUGUUUUUUGCCUCCUCUAUAAGGGAUCAUAGCAAGCUAUAAGUUUUGUAUUUUGUGAGCAAUCGGUUGAGUUCAUCAGAUUUGAGUGUGUGAUACUGAUAAUAGUAAAAAGUUGAAAUGGGGAAACUUGGUUGGAUGUUUGACAAGUUGUGUCUUCCUUCUUGUUCAAACACCUGCUUCUGUGUUAAUUCCAUGGAAUUUGAAGAUGAUGAGUUUGAGAGCAAGCCUUUGAUUGACAGUGGCAGUGAUCUCAAACUAAGACUCAAGGAUCUAGUUGAUGGAAAACAGACAUUGGCUUUUCAAUUGAAACCUAAGAUAGUGAUACUGAGAGUGUCCAUGCAUUGCCAUGGCUGUGCAAAAAAAGUUGAGAAGCACAUCUCAAAGCUGGAAGGAGUUAGGUCAUACAAGGUAGAUCUGGAAACCAAAAUGGUAGUUGUAAGUGGCGACAUUCUUCCUUUGGAAGUGUUGCAGAGUGUUUCUAAGGUUAAAAAUGCACAACUUUGGAAUUCUCCCUGACCUCGGCAGAUUCUACAAAAGUCAUUUUCUUCUUAUUAAUAAUAUACAGAUAUAAUAAUAUAUUGAUAUUCAUGAUAAUACCCCGUGUAAUGUUCCAGCAAUUCUUUUGCAGGAAAAUAAAUAAAUAAAUAAGAAAUGCUUGAA